AGGUAGGUGGCCGUUGGAUCCAUGCAGUGUGUGUGUGAGAGAGAGAUGAGAGAGCGAGCACAUGUGUUUGUCUGCCAAUAGCCUACUGCAGAAGAGCGAGCUGCUUCACACGGUUGAAACUGUCUGAUGACUGCAUUGACUAGCAUACAACUGAACUCACCGUGUAUUGGUCGCUUCACCAGUUUUUCAACGGAAUCCUUGUAGCAUACCAGCUGGUCUGUAGCCUAAUUCCGUGAACAGUCUCUGUCACUGUGGAUUGCUUUGACUGAUAUCCCGGUUAGACCACCGAUAGACUCGUUUUAUUCCGUUGCUGGUUGAAAAGGUCCGAACGCGUGCAGCCAGCAAGGAACGACGGGGUAUGUUGCUACGUAGCUUAUAUGAUAUAGACACAAUAGACCGACGACUAGUGUAAAAGAGAGAGAUGAGGUGAUGUUCUGACUCACUGAGACAGCGUGGACAUAAAUCAAGACGAGGAACUCUAUUCUUGUACUACCUACGGCAUAUCGGAAUCUCAACAGGAACCAGCAGCCAGCGGAUGUCAGUGUGGGGAUCACUCAGUCCCACAUGUGAUGGACCCCCAGCAGUGUGAUGUGUCAGAGGGGUGUAACACUCCUGGUAAUGGGGACCACCGGCCCCCUCCUGCCAAACUGGUCCGCCUGGAGUUGAACGGUGGCGGGGGCCCCUCAGGUCCACACCAGGGCAGGACGAGACAGGGGAGCCCAGGGGUCAGAACUUCGGCCCCCAAACUCACCCCACCCGCACCACAACCCAAGAACUGGCAUAAAAGAGGAAGCCUGCUGCCUGUGCUGUGUUUGGUGGAGCACAGAGAGAGCCCGGUCCUGGCAGUGGAGGCUGAGAGGAGAGAGGAGCAUGCAGAGUUUGUACUGGUCAGGAGAGACCUGCUGUUUAACCAGCUGAUAGAGAUGGCUUUACUGGCCCUGGGCUACUCUCACAGCUCAGCAGCACAGGCCAAAGGUUCGAUCCAGGUGGGUAGGUGGAACCCUGUCCCUCUGUCCUGUGUGACUGAUGCUCCUGAUGCCACAGUGGCUGACAUGCUGCAGGACCUCUACCAUGUGACCACCCUCAAGAUCCAGCUCACCAGUUGUCCCAUGUUGGAGGACCUCCCUCCAGAACAGUGGAGUCACUCCACAGUGAGAAACGCCCUGAAGGAGCUAUUGAGAGACAUGAACCAGAGCUCACUGGCCAAAGAGUGCCCUCUGUCCCAGAGUAUGAUCUCCUCCAUUGUUAACAGCACCUACUAUGCAAAUGUGUCGGCCUCCAAGUGCCACGAGUUUGGCCAUUGGUAUAAGCACUUCAUGAAUACCAAAGGCAUCAUGGAGAUUGACAGCUUCUCUGACCAAUCCCAAACGAGCUCCACACACCCAUCAACCAAACAAUCAUUCCCAGGCAGCACAGCCGAGCAGGUCUGCUCCUCACCCCUCCCCUUUCCUCACGGGGGUGCCACCCACACUUCUGGGCGUAGUUGUCUGGCCCCAAGUCUCUGCCCCCCGGGGCUGGUGACCGCCCCCCUCAGCCCCCAGCUAGUCAGCCCCCAACAGAUAGUCAUGGCCCAGUUCCUCAACCAGCAGUAUGCAGUCAGCCAUAUGCUAGCCCAGCAAAGCCUGUCUGUAUCUGUUUCCACCUCCCCCCAGCAGUUCCUCAACCACCCCCCUGUGGGGAGGCCUCCCCCCUCCCUGGCCCUAGCCAAGGGCCUCGACCCCCUGCAUCAGGCUGGACCACCAGGACCCGGGUCUGGGUCCCAGAGCCAGGUGUGUGGACCAUCAGACAUCUCAUGUGAGAUCUACCAGUGGGUGAGAGAGGAGCUGAAGAGAGCAGGCAUCUCCCAGGCUGUGUUCGCCCGUGUGGCCUUCAACAGGACCCAGGGCCUGCUGUCUGAGAUCCUGCGGAAGGAGGAGAAUCCUAAGAGUGCGUCUCAGUCUCUCCUGGUCAACCUGCGGUCCAUGCAGAGUUUCCUACAGAUACCGGAAGGUGACCGCGACCGUAUCUACCAGGAGGAGAGAGAGAGGAGUCUGACCACGUGGACCAUUAUCAACCAUUCACCCAACAACACUACCACACCUCGCCACACACAGACCAGAAAGGAAGAGGGAAACUUUGUUAAGGCUGAAGAUUGGCCCUCCCAGGUUUCCAUUGUAUUUCCUAAAGUGAGGCUGUCUCCAGUAGCAGUAGUAAACAGAGGGGUGAAGAGCAAGGGAUGUGUUCUAGACAGAGGAGUGAAGAGCGAGGGAUGUGUUCUAGACAGAGGGGUGAAGAGCGAGGGAUGUGUUCUAGACAGAGGGGUGAAGAAUGUGGGAUGUGUUCUAGACAGAGGAGUGAAGAGCGAGGGAUGUGUUCUAGACAAAGGGGUGAAGAAUGUGGGAUGUGUUCUAGACAGAGGGGUGAAGAGCGAGGGAUGUGUUCUAGACAGAGGGGUGAAGAGCGAGGGAUGUGUUCUAGACAGAGGGGUGAAGAGCGAGGGAUGUGUUCUAGACAGAGGAGUGAAGAGCGAGGGAUGUGUUCUAGACAGAGGGGUGAAGAACCUGGGAUGUGUUCUAGACAUCAACAGUUCUAUCUAUGAGGAGAUCCAACAGGAGAUGAAGAGAGCCAAGGUUUCUCAGGCCAUGUUUGCCAAGAUGGCUGCGUCCAAGAGUCAGGGCUGGCUGUGUGAGCUGCUGCGCUGGAAGGAGGAUCCGUCCCCAGAGAACCGAACCCUGUGGGAGAACCUGUGUAUGAUCCGGCGCUUCCUGAGUCUGGCCCAGAUGGAACGAGACGCCAUCUAUGAACAGGAGAGCAACACUCUACAACAACACUGUACAGACAGACUCACACAGCUAGUCAACAACAACACACUGCUCCAACGCCACUCCCCAUUGCAACAACAACACCAUCAACGAACACUGACCGCUCUGUCCCAGCUGCCCUUGCAGCCCCAGGCGGAGCCUCGCCUGCCGCCACGACAACCAUCCACAGCAUCACCAGCCGAGACUGAGGGGGGUAGGGGGCAACUGAGGACCUGGUGGGGAAGUAGUCUGGGUGAUGGGAGGGAAGAUGAUAUUACUGGCAGGGGCUGUAGGGGUUGGGGCCAGGGCAGGGUUAGGGGUGUGUGUAACAAUGACAAGGAAGGGGGAGAGGGACGGUGGGCGGGGGGCAGACAGACUAACGGCGAGUGCGAUGGUGGGAGUGAUGGCGAGGGGUUUCGGGUGUCCCGAGAGGCACAGGGGAUCCUGCAGAGCUUCAUCCAGGACGUUGGUCUGAACCCAGACGAGGAGGCUGUCCACACACUGUCAGCCCAGCUGGGCCUGCCCAAACACACCAUCCUCAGCUUCUUCCACAGCCAGCACCACAGCUACACUCACCAGAACCAUAGACAGCACUACAGUGAGAUCCAACACAACCAACAUCCGAGCCAGGACCACAACCACAGAGAGAAUCACAACCAACACCACACGGACCAGGACCAGCUCUUCUAUAAUGGAGCAGGCCCAACCCAGCCUAAGAGAACUACAGGGGAGGAGUGGACUGUAGAUCUCGCUGGACAAAUGGGAUAUGGAGCAGGAAGAGGAAAUAGAGGGGAAAGGGGAGGAGGACGCCAUUUUGAAAGAGUUGGAUGUGAGCAGUCAGACUAACGCCGUCGCCAUCCUAGAGGAAGAACAACAUGAUUCUAACCAAUCUGAGACUGCCCAACCACAUGACUCUGAUGAAUAACAUGAGUCCAUCCACUAGUUGUCCCCUUUAACCCAAUGAGAAGGCAUCAAUUUGAUAGACUCAUCUAGCUCUGCAGAAAAUAAUAUUAGCCUUUUCUGAAGAACUUUAGUAAUGAAUGAUAUGGUGUUAUAGGUGUUUCCCAUAUUUGUAAUGAAACAUUUCAAUUAAAGACUAACUGUGAAAAUAAAUGAAAUUAUGUAGUUAUACAUGUAUGCAGAGUUAGUUUAAAGGCCCAGUGCAGUCAAAAACUAGAUUCUCCUGUGUUUUGGAUAUAUUUCCUCACUGAGGUUGGAAUAAAACAGUGAAAUUGUGAAAAGUAUGAUAAUGCCCUUUCAGUGUAAGAGCUGUUUGAACAUUUUUGCCUGUUUU